AUGGAAUCCCAAGUUCCAAGUCGAUAAACAGUCAUGACGGUGGACGAUAAUAAUUCCGUCUACGUCGGAGGCCUUCCUUACGACGUCACCGACGAGGCUCUCCGCCGUGUCUUCUCCAUUUACGGCUCUGUCCUCAACAUUAAGAUUGUGAAUGACCGGAGUGUAAGAGGGAAGUGCUAUGGCUUUGUUACAUUUUCAAAUCGUCGAUCGGCUGAUGAUGCUAUUCAAGACAUGGAUGGAAAAAGUAUUGGUGGGCGUGUAGUGCGCGUGAAUGAGGUGACAACAAGAGGUGGUGGAAGAUUGAAUCCAGGUCCUCAGGGACGGUUUCAACCACAAAGCCCUGAUAGGAGAAGUGAUUGCAAUUAUGACAGGGAUCGGUACAGUGAUAGGUCCCGUGAACGAGAUAGGUCUCAGGACAGGAGGAAAGAUCAUUACGCAGAGAAGGAAAGAGCGUAUGAACAUUCACAUGAGUUUGAGAGGAGAAAUGGCCAUGAUAUGGUGGAUAGAAAUGGUUAUAAGGAAAGAGUGUUCGAAGGUGAUGAGGGAGAUUGGCGUGGGGAUAGGUCUUAUGGGGAUAAUAAUGGUAGGGGUAUCAACGGGAUCGGUGCUCGCGAAGGAAGGAGCCAAGAAACAAAGAGAGAUGAUGAUAGUACCAUGACUGAUGGUGGGCGUGGCAGAGAAGGGAGAGAUCAUUUCUCAAAUUCAAGUGGAGAUCACAACUUUCAGGUGAAAGAAGAACUGGGAGCGCUGAUUAAGAUGCGUGAGGUACUUCAAGAUGAGGUACUGGCGAUGGAAGACAGAUUGGAAGAAAAAGCAGCAGUGUGCUCAGAGCUACAGAAGAAGUCUAAGAGAUUAGAAGAUUCAUUGAUCAAUGAAAAGAAACUGACUUCACAACGCCGAAAAGAAUUGGCAAAGCUACAUAAAUCAUUUUCAAGAGUUAGAGAGUGCACGGACAAUCUGAAAGACUGCGAACAGGAACUUCAGUCGCUUGUUAAUUCAGUAGCGAGAGAAGGCAUGGCAGGUGCUGAUGAAUGACUCGGAAAUGCGUAGUCAUCCUCAUGUAUGAUUUGUUGCGUGUAGCUUUGUUUUUUUUUCGGUCGAGCUAGGUGGAUUUGGUAUGGUUGGAUCAAUCAGCUGAAUUUUGACUUGGAAAUGUUUAAGAGAGAAUAAUUAAGUUUUCCAUAUAAAGAAACCUGGUACUGUCACUAAACAUAAAAUUUAUGUAUAUCUUUUUUUUCCUUUUAAACAAAUUAUUAUAAAUUCUUUUGAAAAGCGACA